CCGACCCGGUUGUGAUCGAAUUGAAAGUGUAGAGUUGCGUAGUGUUGGAGGGAGUGAGUGAGAGUGAAAGGGUUUGAAUGGCGUCUGCAGCAGCAGCAGGAGGAGGAGGAGCGAACACAGGUGUGGAGUGGCACGUGCGUCCUCCAAACCCUAAGAACCCAAUCGUCUUCUUCGAUGUCACCAUCGGUAACAUACCAGCUGGUAGAAUCAAGAUGGAGCUCUUCGCUGAUCUUGCCCCCAAAACCGCUGAAAAUUUCAGGCAGCUGUGCACAGGGGAGUACAGGAAAGCAGGACUGCCUGUUGGUUACAAAGGUUGUCAAUUUCAUAGAGUGAUUAAGGAUUUUAUGAUUCAGGCUGGUGAUUUUGUAAAGGGUGAUGGUAGCGGAUGUGUUUCAAUCUAUGGACUCAAAUUUGAUGAUGAAAAUUUUGUUGCCAAACACACUGGCCCAGGUCUUCUCUCCAUGGCAAAUAGUGGACCUAAUACUAAUGGUUGUCAGUUCUUUAUAACUUGUGCAAAGUGUGACUGGCUUGACAACAAGCAUGUUGUUUUCGGGAGAGUGCUUGGAGAUGGUCUUUUGGUUGUCAGGAAGAUCGAGAAUGUGGCAGCUGGACCCAAUAACCGGCCAAAAUUACCUUGUGUCAUUGCUGAAUGUGGUGAAAUGUAGUAAAAUUUAACAUGAUGUCAGUGACAAACUGUAGCUCUCUAAUUAAUAGUUGACAAUCCUCUGUUUGCAACCGUGAAUUACCAUACAGAUAUGGGUUUUCUAUACAACGAUAUUUCUGAGGCCACCGCAUAAUUAUCUCAUAAGAUAGUUGAAUUACACAGCUAAUUGGAUAAUCCUGCUUGGAAUACUGGCUUUGUAGAAUGAAUGAUCUUUACUUUGGUGCA